AUGAACACCAGAACUUCCCAAGCAGAGAUCAUUGUCGACGAUGAAGAGAUGCCGCGCUCUUCGGCCGCUUCGCGUGUCUCUCUCGCCAAUCUUCUUGGCCCAAGCGGACCAGGCUCUUCGCCAUAUGCCAAUUCUCCGCGCACAUCACCUCGCAAACGACUAAGCGCUGAUACUUCCGAUUCCAAUCUACAGCUGCCGCCAGAGGCAGCCAACGGUGGUGACCGUCGUGACCAUCGACGCUCCAAUGUCCCCUCGCCGAUCACAGAGUCCGAACAGCCAUUCCAUGACGCACGAGAACAUGUGCCAGAUGACGUUGCAAUGCUAGACGCAUCUGAAGAGAACGGCCAGCAUGCUAGAGACCACGGCCACGACAAUGCCGAUGAUGAUGACGACGACGACGAAGAUGACGAUGAUGACAAAGCAACCACCGAUGCAGGCAGCGCUUCGGAAGGUGAAGGCGGCGACAAGGGUGACGGCUCCUUGUCCAAAAACGUUGCCAAGUCGGGAGAAAAGGCAUCGCCAUCAAAGAAACGCUCACGACGCCGCAGUCCGUCCCCACCAGAAGCGGCUGCUCCCGCUCCAAAGCGGCCUACCGUGCGCAUCAACAUCCUUGAGGCUCGCCAAAGUGGCUACCUCAUCAACAUUCCCGAGCUAGUGCUUGCCCAGCUCAAGCAAGAGGAUCAUCCGUGGGCCAAAUGGUACGAGCAACAGCUGCUCGAGGCUACAGAGCCAGAGCCUGUCGCGCCACCACCAGGCGGGCCCGGCGUCCCUGGCGUCCCCAUCGAUCUCGAACCUGGCUUGGCCAAUCUGCUUGCCAAGUAUCGACCCGAUGAACCCUCGGGCGCAGUUGCCGCUAGCAAGAAGCGCCGACGACCUGACGACGACAAAUACGAUAUUGGCCAAUACGACGUUCGUGAUCCGUUUGUCGAUGACUCGGAGCUCAACAUUGAUGAACCAACCCAUUUUGCCAAGCCCAAAGCAGACGGGUUCUAUGUUACACAGGGCACCGUCGAGCUUGCCAAAGCCAAAGCCGCAGCCAAGGGACAGCCUAUACCAGCCGCAGAAAGGCCCAAGCCGCUCAGCAUCCGUGACUCAAAGUUUGGCUUUGCUGGAUCGCUCAACAAGCUCGUGGCGAGGAAAGCACAGCAGGGCGCUCAUUUGCCUCCUAUGCCACCAUUUAGGUCGCCUUCCAUGCAGCUGGGCUCACUCCUGAACCGUGGCGAUCCUGGCAGUCCCUCGGUCGGCGCCGCUUCGGCACUGACCAACGCGUCGAGGCAGGAAGGCACCCGCGACGCGCCCAUCAAGGUCGAUGACAACGAUGCGAAUUCAUCGAAAGCGAUCAAGAAAAAUCGCUACCCAACUUUGCCCGUCGACCCUCGUCUGCAAGCAGCCUUCGACGAUCUGAAGGCGAAGGUGGAUGCGGAGAGCUUUGCCGUCAAGACCAAAUUCCCUCCUUCGCUCAAGCCGCCGCUUGUCGAGACAGCCAAACUCGCCGUCAUGCUGGGUGAGUACGACGACAACUUCUUCAACCACCUUCCUACGAUCUUCCCCUACAAUCGCUUCACGAUGAUGAAGCUGGUCAAGCGCGAAUUCUUUGCUCAGCACAUCAAGUAUUUCGAGGACCUCAAGCAGGACCAUCUGGACAAGCUCGGCAGUAUGAUUCGCGACAGCUACCCGCAGCAGCUUGCAGAUUUUCAAGCAGCGCACAAAGCCUGGGUGGAGCGGGGCGAAGCACCCAAGGAUGGAGAAGUAGCCGAGGCGAAUCAGCCGCGCCCACCGACGCGUGCUGCGGACGAGUCAACAGACGUCGACGGUGCCAAAGAGGGCGAGGACGAGAAUAUCGAGCCCACCAAGCGCUGGAGGUGGAGCGAGGAGAUGCGCGAACAAGUGUUUGUGCUCAUCACUAUCGAAAACGCCAUGAGUGAGCUCAUCAACGAGAAGCACAAGCUCGAGAAUUCGAUCGAGCAGUACAGCGAGAUUAACGCUCGCAAAGCCUGCUACAAACAAAUGGCUGAGCUGUUCCCAGAGGAUGGCUGGACGACGUCGACCAACAUCUCGAGGGAGUACGCGCAGAUCAAAAAGAAGAAGGAUCGCCAAGAGGCGAGAGGCGAGGAGCUUUUCGCUGACUCACGUGCGAGCAGCGUUGUUCCGGUAUGA